AUGCAGGAGUCGAGAAAGAAAUGCCGUAAAGUUACAUGCCCACCAGGUCCACCAGGUCGAGAUGGAUUACCGGGACGAGAUGGAGCACCAGGAAAAGAUGGAAUACCAGGACAGGAUGGCGCACCCGGACCCAAGGGGGAAGUGGGACCACAAGGGCCGCCAGGUACCCAAGGAAAGCUAGGGACCCAAAGGAGAUGGAAACAGUGUGAUCAUAACCACAUCAAUUCAGAUAUUGAUGUUGGAAAAGUUAUGGAAUGUACGUUCAACAAAGCUUCCCCAAACACAUAUCUUCGUGUGGUUUACAUGGGCAACCUUCGCAUCGGAGGCUGCACAAACUGUUGCAUGAGAUGGUUUAUCACCUUCAACGACAUCGAAUGCGCCAUACCAGCUCUCAUUGAUGCCAUUGUGUACCAGAAUGUCAAUCUCUACAUCGUUCGUCCGGUCAACAUAGAAGGCCACUGCACUGGAAUGGGCAGUGGCUUGGUGCGUGUUGGCUUGCACGUAGGUCAGUGUUAUGGCUUUGGCAUUUUUGACGCCUACACUGGCUGGAUCUCAGUCAGCAGGAUCAUUAUUGAGGAGGUUGAGCCCCCAGUUGCUUAA